GUGGAGAUGAUGGAGGGACCGCGGAUAGAGGAGCGGGGCUGCGCCUCUGCUCUGCGCCGACUGCGGCAGAGAAGCUGCGGUCUCCAGAUGAAUCCUGGGAAAAUGAAGAUCUGCUAUAGACUUUGCUCCGCUUUCAUCGUGAGGAUGAUGUCUGACCUCGGAUGGCGCACAUCUGUCUGCUUCUUCUCCAUCACGUGAUUCUUUACUAAAUUCCUCGGACCUCAGCCCCAGUCUCACCAAUCGGCUUCUGUCUCGCAAAGAGUGGACCAAUCAGCGACAGCCUGUGAUGAAUAUUCAUGAGUCCGAGAUUCAAACCUUUGAGGGAGUUUGUGUCGGUCCACAGCAUCACUCCCAGGACUUUUCCACAGGCGCAAACUGCAUUUUCUUAUGAAUGGAAGGAGAAAAAAUCAGGUCGGCUUAAAUUGGGACCCAUCCUUUCGCUGAGAUCACAGAAGGAGGAAAACAACAAAAGCGGAGAGGAGACAGGAGGGAACCGCCAGAAGCAAUGACAAUGACCACGAUUCCAGAAGGUCUUAAUAGCCCUGCCUCAGGAAAAGCCGUUUUCAUGGAGUUUGGACCCCCGAGUCAACAAAUGUCUCCUUCCUCCAUGUCUCACGGGCACUAUCCCAUGCAUUGUUUACAUUCUGCAGGUCACACGCAGCACGACAGCUACAGCCCAGCCUCGUCCUUCCCCAGAUCUUUGGGUUAUCCGUACGUCAACUCCGUCGGCAGCCAUCCCAGCAGUCCAUACCUGGGUACAGUACAGACUUACCAGAACAGUUCGGGGCUCACACAGACACGACUGGAGGACCCAGCAGCACCAGAAGCUGAGAAGAACACAGUGGUGGAAGGCGGGGAGGUGCGAUUUAACGGCAAGGGGAAAAAGAUUAGAAAACCAAGGACUAUAUACUCCAGUUUACAGCUCCAAGCGCUCAACAGGAGAUUUCAACAAACCCAAUACUUGGCGUUGCCGGAGAGGGCUGAGCUGGCAGCGUCGCUGGGUCUCACUCAGACACAGGUAAAAAUUUGGUUUCAGAAUAAACGCUCCAAAUUCAAGAAAAUAAUGAAGCAAGGCGGCAGCACAAUCGACACCAACGUUUUAGCCACCGGUCGUGGACUUUCCACUGGCUCGCCCACCGUGGCACCGGUCUGGACAUCCCCGACCACCGUGAAGACUUCGGUGGGCACGACCGGCUCUUACAUCCCCAGCUACACCUCGUGGUACCCGACCACACACCAAGAGUCUAUGCAACAGUCGCAGCUCAUGUGAGCAGAGACUUCAGCGUCAGGAUGGUGACGGACCCCGCAGCCGCCCGAGCGCGGCCUCGGCAUUGAUGAUGCUCCACUAUAAAAGCUGCCGCAUCCCGCGAGCUGACACGGAGGCCUCUACCUGCCGGCGAGCAGUCAUGAAGGAGGGAGAAGCAAAAGAGGGGGAAGCUGAGAGGGCGAAAAGGCGCACAUUGCACCCACGCACGGCAGCAAGUCCGUGGCAGCGGGAAUCAAAAGGAAAAAAAAGGAUCAGCAUUUCGUGGCUGCUGUUGUUUACGUUUUGUUUUUGUUUUGUUUGGUUUUUUUUUAACUCGAAUUGGUGUGAAGAAUUCUGCUGUUGAGCUGUAGGCUACAUGUUUAUGAGAAAAAGCUUUUUGUUUACGCCAGAUGAUGACCUACAACCCCGCGUUAACACCUAAAAGGCCAAUCAGGCCACAGCAGUGAAGGCUUUAACCAAAUAACUGAUCCCAAAUACCACCGGUCAGGUCGUCAUGCUUACAGCAUAACUCAACCAGAGUAAAUACGUCGCUAUGUUGUUUCUAUGUGUUUGUUAUUUAAGUUAAAUUAUUCAGACUUGUCUGUGUUCAUUCUGUAUGCGUGUUUGAGAUGACAACCCUGUGUUGUUGUAAUGCUGCACUAACGCAAGCAGAGCUUUUCAUUGCCGUGCCCCGACGUUAUGUGAACAAAUGUAAAAGGACAGCAGAUUCGCUGUUUCUGAGAGAAAACAAAAUAUCCUGAGGACGAGCAGCUAUAACUUAUCACUGUAUUUUGUAUAUAAUUUUCAGAUUCGGCUUUUUCUUUUUGUGCUGUGACUGGAUACGCUGUGAAACAGGGUUUUAGGCUUUUUUUUCUGUGUAAAUUACUCGUCGACAUGUGUUUUAGUCACCAUAGAAGAUAUUUAGUUUUGUAUUGAUCACUUUAAUUUAUUUAACUGUUUCUGGAGUUUUUUUUUUAUGUACAUAAAAGUGCAAAAGUUUUUGAAAGCAGUAAAAUAUGAUUUAAAUUAAGUUUAA